UUGACGAUCGUGUCUGGACACGGGUGGCUUCUUCCACAAACAUUUGUCAAAAUUCAAAGACAAGACGGUGGUGCCAUUUCCGCUCCACUCAUAUUGUUUUAUAAUAUUAAUAGCUACUUCCAAUCCUGUCCUUUUCUCUGUCCCUCGCUUUCUCUUCUCUUUUCAUUUCUUAUGAUACCUGAAAUACCAUUUACAUAAUUAUUCUCCUUAUUUCUUUUCAUUGCUUGUUUUGCUCACAGAUUCUUGCUUAUCAGGAUGCAAGGAGGCUUUUCCAAAUUCAGGAGUAAAAAAACCUCUCUUCUUUUCAUUGCUAUUGUGGGGACUAUAACUCUCAUAUGGGCGUGGGAUGGAACGCUAUUUCUCACUAACAUACUUCCUCCUAAAGGGCAGUUGCAACUAUCUGAAGUACGUUCAGAAUCACAUUUACAUGCAAGCAAAGAUAUGAAUUUGGCUGAUCAGGAUCCUGCAAACAACUAUUCAACAAGAACACUUGUUCAAGAGAAAGAAACUGUCCCAGCUACAAAGGAUACAGAAGCAAAAAGCAAACAGGUCCUGGAAGCUGGAAAGCAUAACCAGAAUGAAGGAGAUAAAAAUUUGAAAGAAACAGAACAAACUUUGGAUUUGGCAGCACUGUUUGAUUCAGAUAAUCAGGUUGUGACAGAAACAGAAGCUAAAGACAAACAGGUUGUGGAAUUCAAAAUAAGUAGCAGUGCAGAGAGCUCUACCUUGACAGAAUCACUAGGAAAGCAAAACAAAAAUGGAAGAGAAACAGAUUUGAAACAAAAAGAAGAAAACCAGGAUUUUGCAAUGGCAAUUGUUACUGCAAAUAUGAGCUCUUCCCUGGAGGAACAAGAUGAGAACAAUUCUACAAUGCUUGUGCAUACCCAAGCCUGUAAUUAUGCAAAAGGGAAAUGGGUAGUAGAUGAUACCCGGCCUUUGUAUUCUGGGUUUGGCUGUAAGCAAUGGCUGGCACAAAUGUGGGCCUGCCGGUUGAUGCAACGUACAGACUUUGCUUAUGAGAAGCUGCGGUGGCAACCAAACAAUUGCCAAAUGGAAGAAUUUGAAGGGGAAAAGUUCUUGAAAAGGAUGCAAGACAAGACUCUAGCUUUUGUUGGAGAUUCAUUGGGCAGACAGCAAUUCCUGUCCAUUAUGUGUAUGAUCACAGGGGGAAAGGAGAGGCAUGAUGUCAUUGAUGUGGGACAUGAAUAUGGAUUUGUCAAACCUCACGGUGGUGUCCGCCCUAAUGGAUGGGCAUAUCGGUUUCCAAGCACUAAUACUACUGUCCUUUAUUACUGGUCAGCUUGCCUUUGUGACUUGGAACCUAUUGAUAUCAAAAACCCACCCACUGAUUAUGCCAUGCAUCUCGAUCGGCCACCUGCUUUUUUGCGCCUGUUUCUUCACAAAAUAGAUGUUCUCGUUCUCAACACAGGGCAUCAUUGGAACCGAGGGAAGCUUAGGGCAAAUCGCUGGGUCAUGCAUGUGGGUGGUAUGCCCAACACUAACAAGAAGCUGGCAAUGAUUGGAGAUGCCAAAAAUUUUACAAUUCACAGCAUUAUCAAUUGGGUGAAUAUGCAGCUUCCAAAAAAUCCGCGUUUAAAAGCCUUCUAUAGGAGCAUCUCACCUAGGCAUUUUGUUCAUGGUGACUGGAACACUGGGGGAAGCUGUGACAAGACCACCCCUAUGUCCAUAGGAAAGGAAGUAUUGCAAGAUGAAUCUAGUGAUUAUAGUGCUGGCCAUGCAGUGAAGGGGACGGGGGUUCAGCUGUUGGACAUAACAGCAUUGUCCCAGGUGAGAGAUGAGGGUCACAUAUCAAGGUAUAGCAUUACCGCCUCACCAGGAGUACAAGAUUGCUUGCAUUGGUGUCUCCCUGGUGUUCCCGACACAUGGAAUGAAAUCCUUUUUGCACAAAUUAGUGACAUAUCUCAAGUGCAGAAUGAAUAAUUGUUGAUAGAUAUUAUUUUAAGAAAAUAUUAUUCUUUUUCAGUGGAUCACCAUCAUACUAUGGAGAAGAAAAGGUUCGCUGAUCUCAUUAACAGAGUUUCUCAUUGGAUUUUAUCCGCUGAAUUUUGACACAUGGAGAAAUUUCUAUUAGUUAGUUCUCAUGGUAGAUCGUUGUUAUUGUAGAAGUAGCCUCUUAGGCAUAAAGCUCAUCUGACCCGAUUCCUAUGUGUUAUAAUGUUGCACUUCUUUCAGAAUUAAAGCCGCUGGAUAAACUGCAGCUACAUUUGUACCCCAGACAUGGCAGAAAGUUAAGGCAUUUUUAUAAUUUCUGCAAAUAUAGGGUCAUAUAGGAGGAAGAGGGAGAAUAAGCAGAAAAAGUGUUUUGGGAAUUUUGAAUUGAUGUAAUUGAUUGUGCAAAUGCAAGUAAAAGUCCACAUGAUUGCAAUGUAUACCGUUUGAGAAACUUACCUAUGAUAUUCUUUCAUCAUACGACCAUAAAUGAAACAAUAAUUGCAGUCUUUUUCUUGUU